GUUAAACUGUGUGUUGUUCCGUUUUGAACAAAAAUCCACCCCCUCCACCACUAACACUCAGUAGAAGCAGUAUGUACUAUCUCCAAGGUACACAGCAGAAAUUCACCAAAGAUCCUCAGAUAGCACCUUCAAACACACAAGAGCAGCAGGAGAUAACCAGGUGCAGAGCUGGACAAACACAGCAGGCCGAGCGGCAUCAGUGGAGCAGGAAAGCUGACGUUUCGGGCCCAGACCGUUCUUCAGAAAAAUUCCCCCCCUUUUCGUUAUGUGUAAACUAAAGCAAGGUGUCCAAGACUCGACUGGGGGCAGCAGAAAAGGCUGUUUUAUUGUAGGGAAUGUUAAAAUUGAUGUGGAAUAUCGCAGUAAGUUUCUGAUGCGCAAAGGUGUUAUAUAAAUGCACGUUGUUGUUGUAGUAAUUUCAUUACUUGAGAGCCGGAAGCACUCCCCGCGGCCAAUCGCCCAAUCCCGCAAACAGGGGAGCAAAACGCAUGCGCAAUUGGGGUCAAAGUACAGAGCAUGCGCGGAACCAGUAAUGGCGGCUCACGGACCUUCCUUACCUUCGGUCCGAAAACGGUGAUGGACGGAGACUGCCGAGAUCCCGCGGGAGCCGAUCAGAAUCUAGAAACACAGACAAAGUAAGGGAUGAGCUAACCCACUGUGGGGCUGGAGGAAUACAAGCCAGGCAGCAUCAGAGGAGCAGGAAAGCUGACGUUUCGAGUCGGGACGCAUCUUCAUCUGACCACUGUGGUUUUGACAUUUUUUCUUGUGCUCUGGUUUGCAAGGUGCUGACCGGAUAUUAGAAGGACAGGAUUUGCAUUUGGGCCAUUCAAACCACAUGCCACAUCAGGAUCUGACAGAGCCACUCAAUUUGUCUUAGCCUGAACAUCAUUGGAUUUUGACCAUGGAAGGAAACAGCACCGUUCUCAGUGAGGAGAAACCAUACACAUAUUCUGUGUAUGGAAAGUGCUUUGCUGAUUCAUCCAACCUGCAGAAACACCAGCGAGGUCACGCUGGAGAGAAACCGUUCAACUGCUCCCAGUGUGGGAAGGGAUUCGCUUGGUCAUCCAGCCUGCUGAGACAUCAACGCAGUCACACUAAGGAGAAACCAUUCACCUGUUCUGAGUGUGGGAAAGGAUUCACCAAGUCAUCCAAACUUGUGGAACACCAGCAAAUUCACGCUGGGGAGAAACCAUUCACCUGCUCCAAGUGUGGGAAAGGAUUCACCACGUCAUCCAACAUGUUGAGACACCAACGAGUUCAUACUGGGGAGAGACCAUUCACCUGCUCUGUAUGCAAAAAGGGAUUCACUCGGUCAACCCAUCUGCUGCAACACCAGCGAGUUCACACUGGGGAGAAACCAUUCACCUGCUCUGUAUGUGGGCAGGAAUUUGCUCGGUCAACCCAUCUGCUGAGACACCAGCGAGUUCACACUGGGGAGAAACCAUUCACUUGCUCUGUGUGUCAGAAGGGAUUCACUCAGUCAACACAUCUGCUGCAACACCAGCGAGUUCACACUGGAGAGAGACCAUUCGCUUGCUCUAUGUGUGGGAAAGGAUUCACUCAGUCAACCCAUCUGCUGCAACACCAGCAAGUUCACACUGGAGAAAGACCAUUCGCUUGCUCUGUGUGUGGGAAGCGAUUCAUUCGGUCAACCAGACUGUUAACACACCAGUGUGCUCACACUGGGUAGAAACUGUUUACUUGCUCCAUGUAUGAGAAGGGAUUCACUUGGUCACCCAUCUGUUAACACACCAGCAAAUUCACAAAGAACCAUAGUUGUGAAAGAUUUUGUUCUUACUCACACCAAAGAAUGAACCUUGGUCAUUGGGCUGUUUGUACUGAAGUUACUAAACCCUGCUGUAUUAAAGGGUCUGAUAAAAUUUGGAUAAAAUGACCAUGUUUUUUUUAAUCUGUGGGGACUGUAAGGGUGGCCCAUCUUUAUAAGACACGAGGUGGCCAACAAGGUGAAGUGUUAAAGGGUGAAUGUUUGUUCUGCUGACAUGUAAGAAAUUAGGUGCUAAGCUGUGCCAUGGGCACCUCUGUCUCACAGACAAAAAUGUGCUAAUCUAAUUAUUCUCUGCUUUCUGUAAAUGUUGAACUAAGGCUAAAAAGAUGAGGAACUGUCUAGAGCAGUGAUUGAGAAUUGAGGAACUGUCUCGUUGUACACAUUGUUUUUGAGUAGCUAAACUUUGCUGGUAAAGUUAGGUGAUUAAGUCAUGUACUAUCACUGUUGCUAGGCAUAUGACUAUGGGGAAGUAAAAAGUUGUACCUUGCAUACAUGACUGACUGUGAUGUAAAAUCUACAUAAAGGGAAGACGGUUCCCUUAAUAGGGGGCAUCACUGUGCAAUACGCCCACGUAUAGCGUGCAACUUGUAGAGUGAUCCUCCAUAUUUGUAAACAUUUACUUAAAUAAAUGCUACUGCGAG